AUGGGUUAUCACAAAGUAUCUGAACCAGAAGAUAUAACAAACCAAUACACACACAGUGGGGAGGAAGCAGUCCCUUUAACAAGUUCGACAAAACUGACAACAGAAAAACAACAGACCAUUACGGAUGAGGUUCCACCUCACUUGGAGCCUUACUUACAAACACAGCCCACCUUUGGGCUCACCGAUGACCAAGUUAUCGAAAGACGAAACCGGUUUGGGAGAAAUGAGCUAACAGAAAAGAAAAGAAAUAAACUGUUGCAUUUUUUAUCGUUUUUUACAGGAGCCAUUUCAUAUCUAAUGGAAAUAUCUCUUAUAUUGACAGCCUUAACAAAGGAUUGGCUUGAUUUUGGCAUCAUUUUGGGCAUGUUGAUCAUCAAUGCAAUCAUUGGAUACGUAGAAGAAAGCCGAGCCGAGUCAGCGAUUGCAUCCUUAAAAGACAGUCUGGCACUGCACUGUCGAUGUUGGCGUAACGGUCAGUUGACAGAGAUAGCUUCGCGAGAUAUAGUUGUUGGAGAUAUUAUCGUCUUGAGACUUGGAGACAUUGUACCUGCCGAUGCAAAAUUGUUAGGCAUUGGUGCCUCAGGGGAAGCAAUUGAGACAGACAUUCAAGUAGACCAGAGUUCGCUCACAGGUGAAUCACUGCCAGCCAAAAAGAAGCCAGGUAGCUUGAUCUACUCAUCCUGCGUGGUGAAACAAGGCCAACAGCAGGCCAUAGUUGUUCGUACUGGUCCAGACACAUUUAUCGGAAGAACUGCCAGCUUGAUCACAGUGACUACGGAUUCUGGCAGAUUUCAAAAGGUUAUAAACUAUAUCGGCAACUUUUUAAUCAUCAUCUCCAUUGUCUUGGUCCUGAUCUUGUUUGUGUAUGACUUGAUUGAGCAGAGAAACACGACAGGCACAAUCUCUGGUGAUCAAGUAUUGGCUAUUCUUAAUGAAAUGGUGGUACUUACCAUCGCUGCUAUUCCCGUUGGUUUACCCACUGUCAUGUCAGUGACCAUGGCGAUUGGAGCAAAGCAGUUAGCAAAGCGCCAAGUUAUCGUCAAACGAUUAACAGCCGUUGAAGAGUUUGCUUCAGUUUCUAUUCUUUGCAGUGAUAAAACAGGCACCUUGACAAAGAAUGAGUUAACCUUUGACGAGCCUUAUCUUGCUGGAUCUUAUUCUAAAGAUGAUAUUCUGCUCUACUCUUAUUUAGCUUCCGAAGUAGCUACUGAUGACCCUAUCGAAUUCGCAGUUAGAACCGCUGCUGAAACCCAUCAUCCUCAAGUGAUGAAUGAUGGCAGUCACACAGUUCAGGGAUACAAGGUCACCUCCUUCAAACCCUUUAAUCCAGUUGAUAAAACUGCUCAAGCAACUGUUCAAGAUACCGCAACACUUGCCACCUUCCGUGUUGCCAAGGGCGCUCCUCCUGCAAUUUUCGAGAUGGUCGGAGGAAAUAAGGAAGCAGAGGAAAUGGUCAAUUCUUUUGCCAGCCGUGGUUUAAGAUCUUUAGGUGUUGCUCGUACUGUCAAUGGCAUGGAAGACUGGGAAUUGAUUGGCUUGCUUAGUUUUAUUGAUCCUCCAAGAAAUGACUCUGCAGAAACAUUAGCUGAAUGUCAAAGAUAUGGUAUCUCUGUCAAGAUGAUCACAGGUGAUCAAAGAGUGAUUGCUAAAGAAGUAGCAGGAAGGUUGGGAAUGGGCCAGAAUAUUAUGGAUGCAGAUGAAUUAGUAGACCCCAGUAAAUCAGAGCAGGAAGUCUCGGAUAUGUGCUUGUAUUCUGAUGGUUUUGCCAGAGUCAUUCCAGAGCAUAAAUACAAAGUGGUUGAAUUACUUCAAGAACGUGGAUACUUUGUAGCAAUGACAGGGGAUGGUGUUAAUGAUGCACCUGCACUCAAGAAGGCCAAUGUUGGUAUAGCUGUCGCAGGUGCUACAGAUGCUGCUCGGUCUGCCUCAGACAUUGUGCUGCUAGAGCCAGGUUUAUCAGCAAUUAUUGAUGGUAUCAAAACAUCAAGAGUCAUCUUUCAGCGUCUUCAGUCAUAUGCUCUGUAUAGAAUAACGUCUACCAUACACUUUUUACUUUUUUUCUUUGUUAUUACGCUUGCAGAAGAUUGGAAAAUGCCACCUGUAUUCUUGAUUUUGAUCUCUUUACUGAAUGAUGCAGCAACACUUAUUAUGGCUGUAGAUAACGUCAGUAUCUCACAUUCGCCCAACAUGUGGAGACUAAGGCUUUUGAUUGUGCUUUCAUGUGUUCUUGCGGUUGCACUAUCUUUAUUUUCAUUUGCACACUUUUAUAUAUUCCGUGACGUUUUACAUGUGGCACCUGAGGAGCUCUCCACCAUCAUGUACUUGCACAUAUCUUCUGCACCUCAUUUUGUGAUCUUUUCCACACGUACAAACACAUUCUGGUGGAAAAGUAUGCCCUCACUUGUCUUUAGUGUCAUCGUAUUGGGAACUCAGGUUAUUGCUCUCUUCUUGUCUGUCUAUGGUGUUGGUCAAAGCCAGAACAUUUCAGGAAUAGGAUGGCCACGCGGUUUGAUUAUUAUUGCCAUCUCUUUGGCUAUUUUCCUUAUUAUUGACUUGAUCAAAGUUCUGACUAUAUUUAUUUGGGAAAAGAUCGAAAAGAAUCCUUCAACAACAUCAACAUUUGCUUCCUCCAAGAAAAAGCCAACAACCAAGGCUGCUGCAUUCGUUCAACGAUCGAGAUUUGGUUAUGAUAGAGCGAUGAGACGUGAAUCUGAUAGUUCUAUUAAAUCAUAUUAA